GGAUGGGCCUCACAAACAGAGCUGCACUCAUCCAACUGAUCCGGGACUAAAUAGUAUGCUGGAUAAGAGUGAGGCGUCGACGCUGCCUUUGCCCCCCUCAGUGGCCCAUGGCGGCUCAGACGGGAACAUCAGUGUGGAGGGGGCGGGGUCUGUGCUGGGGGCGGGAUCAGUGCAGGGGGAGGGUCCCGGGGAGGGGCAGCGAACACGUGCUGCUCUGGAUCACUUGCAGCAGAAGAUCCUGAAGAUCACGGAGCAAAUCCGUGUGGAACAGGAGGCACGCGACAACAACGUGGCCGAGUACCUGAAACUUGCUCACAACGCUGACAAACAGCAAGCGUCACGCAUCAAACACGUCUUCGAGAAGAAGAACCAGAAAUCUGCACAAACCAUCGCACACUUGCACAAAAAACUUGAACACUACCACAAGAAGCUCAAAGAAAUUGAGCAGAACGGUUUGGCGCGUCAGCCCAAGGACGUUUUGCGGGACAUGCAGCAGGGCCUGAAGGACGUUGGAGCCAAUGUGCGGGCCGGCAUCAGUGGCUUCGGAGGAGGCGUGGUUGAGGGUGUGAGGGGCGGAGUCUCUGCACUCAUACGCAACAAGUUUGGCAGUGCAGACAACAUCACCCACUUGAAGGACACUUUAGGACCUGGCCAUACUGAGGACACGCCCCCUCGUGCACUCAGUGGCAGUGCCACUCUUGUUUCCAGCCCCAAGUAUGGCAGUGAUGAUGAGUGCUCCACCGGCACCUCCGGGUCCGGGGCUGGGAGCAACUCAGGAGGGGGCGGAGCCGUCUGCAUGGGCAGCCCACGAAUGGAUGGACAACAUCACCAUCAUCACUGCCAUCAUCACACAUCUGUGUCAUGGGACUCUCUGUUGGAGGGACUACAGGAGAUCAAAGCUAGUCAGGUGCAGAUGGAGGACGCAAUGGAGGACAUGAAGACACAACUACAGAGCGAUUACUCCUACAUGACCCAGUGCCUGCAGGAGGAGAGAUACAGAUAUGAACGUUUGGAAGAGCAGCUAAAUGACCUGAGUGAACUCCAUCAAAAUGAACUGACCAACCUGAAACAGGAGCUGGCCAGUAUGGAAGAGAAGGUGGCCUACCAGUCAUAUGAGAGAGCUCGAGACAUACAGGAGGCAGUGGAGUCCUGUCUGACGCGUGUCAGUAAGCUGGAGUUGCAGCAGCAGCAGCAGCAGGUGGUACAGUUGGAGGGCGUGGAGAAUGCUAAUGCUCGCGCUCUGCUAGGGAAGCUCAUUAGCGUGCUGCUAGCUCUCAUGGCCGUGCUGCUCGUCUUUGUCUCCACUGUGGCUAACUUCAUCACCCCGCUCAUGAAAACCCGCGCACGCAUCGCCUCCUCUGUUGCCUUCACCCUUUUCCUCAUCACGCUCUGGAAGCACUGGGACUGGCUCGAACUCUGCUUCCUGUCUGGCUGAGUCACAUGACCUCAGAGUUCUGCCUCCUGUUACUGUAUCUGUGAAGAACUGAUGAAGCUCUUCACAUAGACACUGCUACUACCACAGAGACAGUAAGUGGGACACGUCCCAUUUACACCAGAUCUGUCUGUAUUUGGUCCACAUUUGGAGUUCAGCACACUGUCGUGCCCUAAAACACUGAUUUAACUCAUCAGAUUUAAAUACUGUAUUUUUCAGACUAUAAGACAUGUUUUC